AUGUCUCGAUUUAACAAUAAUCGCGGCGGAAUGAAUCACUUCCAACAACGCAGAGGCGGUGGGCCCGGCGGCCCGAUGCGAGGUGGACUGAUGGGGAACCCGAACUUCAGGAACCAUCCCUUCCAGAACCCGAACCACAACCGAAGGGGACAAAAUAACAACAUGAAUAGGCCGCAGAUUACCCCUCAGAAGCCGAUUAUUCCUCCUCCGAGUCCCGGACCAGCUCUGACGAUGAAAGGCCCGAUGCAGCAACAACAGCAGCAACAGCAACAGAAACCGACACAGCCAGAACAGCAGCAACAGAAGCCAGCAACCCCUGCUCCUCAGACCAAAACCGAGUCACCCCAGCCCAAGUUACAGUCUCCACCGCCGAAACCCAACGUUAACUCUUCUCAACCCGACCAGGCCAACAAGAAUCAGAACCAACCACAGAACCAGCAGCUGAAGUCACCCGCAGGAAAUGCUAACGGACAGCAACAGAAGCAGCCCCCACACCCGAGCCCGAAGUCAGGGCAACAGCAGGGGCAAAGGACCGGACCACCGCUGGGCCAGAGGACUGGACCGCAGCAGGGCCAGAGACCAGGGCCACAGCACGGCCAACGAGGGCCACAUCAGGGCCAGAGAGGAGGACCACACCAAGGCCAGAGAAUGGGCCCUCAACAAGGCCAGAGGGCAGGGCCGUCGCAGAUGAAGGCCAGACAGCAGGACAAAGAAGAGUCGGAGAAAAUGGUCAUCAAAAGCGAAGGAGCAGAGGCAGAAGGAAGGCCGUCCAGCGUGAGUUUAAUACACUUUUUUAAUACCAGUUAUACAGUGUGCUAGUUCUAGCUACUGUAACUCCAGGUUUGAUGCACAACGCAGCCCGGGUGGGCGGUGUUUUCUUGUAUUCAACUUACGAUGGCUUCAGUCGUCCGCUGCGGGUAACAACCACUCCGGUCAAGGCAUCGAAUCAAACGCACCCUUGCUAGUCGCCUUUAUAAUCCGCCAUCUUAUUUAGCGGCGGAAAAGUCGCAUUUUAGUCGGUUUUUAGAGCUACUUAGACGAGAUAAACGUUCAAAUCAUGAUUUUUCUGUAUUCUUGUGUCGGUGUGUGUUUUUUCGGCAGUCUGAAUUUGCUUUUAAUUGUAUUUCAAAGAUGUGGGUCAAGAGUACGAUGAAGCUCAUGUAUGGGGGAUGGGCGGUUAAUACGUACGUUAACAAAGACGUGAGACCGAAACAAUCCGUUUAGUGGAAAUUAUUUGUAUUUCUUUUUUCAGGUAGUCAGAUUUUAUUUUAUUUUCAUAAUUUACAUUGAAGCAUACAUCAUUUUAAUUCAAAUAAGGUGGAAAAUGACUAGAAAAGGAUAAAAUGUGAGGGGGAAAAGGGAAACAAAACAAAACCAAAAAGGGGUAAACAGAGAGACCCCAGCAACAACAACACAACAGUGUGUCAUCAGUUAAAAGAAAUAUGUGUCCUUGUAUUUAAAAAAAAAAUUAUAUGUUUAUUGUUAGCUCAGUCUGGGACCCCCUAACCCACUGUCUCCCCUCUUAGGCCUCUAGGACUAGCAACAAGUAAAUGGUAUACAUUUUCUGGCCAAAAAUAAGAGUUUAUUAAGUGAUUUUGAUCUUCUCACAUCCAUACCUCUAUUUGUAGGUGGCAUUCCCAAUAGAAACUGGCCUGGAUCUUUGGUCUGGACAUAUCGUUUUUGAAUAUUGCUGUCACUUCCUUAAAUACAAGGAAAUCCAUGUAUUUUGAGAUUUUAUCCAUAACAACGACAAAUAACUUGUCUCAUUAAUAUGUACAGGAGUUUAAGGCAUCCCUGUCUAUGCUGCUGAAACCCGGAGAGAAGACUUACACCCAGCGCUGCCGCCUGUUCGUCGGUAACCUUCCUAACGACAUCACAGAAGACAAUUUCAAGAAGCUGUUUGAAAAAUAUGGAGAACCGAGCGAAGUGUUCAUCAACAAGAGCAAGGGCUUUGGUUUCAUUCGUCUGGUAAGAGUUUAUCCCCUAAAUUAUCAUGAUGUAGUCGUUUUAAAACUCACUUUUGAGAGUAAUGCCUUUUGGGUUUUUCAAUUUACUUAUGUACUUGUUUGAGUAUCUGACUUCACGAGUGAAAGUCUUCAUUUGUUGUUGUCAUGAUUGUUAAAGACAUAUGGUAAAGCAUUAUCUUUCACUAACUCUUAUACUGUACGGAUGUCUUUGCAGGAAUCCCGUGCACUCGCAGAGAUAGCAAAGGCCGAGUUGGAUGACACACCCAUGAAGGGUAGACCCCUUCGUGUACGUUUUGCAACACACUCAGCAGCCCUGUCUAUAAAAAAUCUCUCACCAUUUGUGUCCAACGAGCUUUUAGAAGAAGCCUUCUCACAGUUUGGAAUGGUUGAGAGGGCCGUUGUCAUUGUAGACGACCGUGGCCGCUCCACAGGAAAGGGCAUUGUAGAGUUUGCCUCCAAACCUGCAGCCAGAAAGGUCCUGGAUCGUUGCAACGAGGGUGUUUUUCUGCUCACCACGUGAGUCCAUUUACAGUACUCCAAUCUAAGCCUGUAAUUUUUCCUUUGAGUUCAGUGCUCUUAUCUCACUUUGUUUGCUAUACCUAGAUCACCCAGACCAGUUGUUGUUGAGCCCCUGGAGCAGUUUGAUGAUGAAGAUGGACUCCCCGAGAAACUGGCUCAGAAGAACCCAAGAUAUCAAGCGUGAGCACAGUUUCAUACUAGAUGCAAAAAUAAAAACUGUGUUGGAGGUGAUUGAGGGUGACAGUCCCUGAAUUAAUGCCUCAGGUCAUUGUUUAUUAUCGGCAGAUGGUGAGAUGUAGAUGUGUGUGGGGGUUGGUUCAGGGAUUGCAGCUGUUAAGAAUCAAUCCUCUUUGUGGAGGAGCAGAUGUUAACCUGUUUGACUCUGUGAAUAAGGAGAAAGGAGUCACUUCCACAAGUCUUAUCAUUCAAGAGAUUAUCAGUCUAUUACUACUUGAUAGUAGCUGAGGCAGAUUUAAAAUAUGGUGUGUUAAGUAAUCUCAAGUUAAACUAACGAUGUGUUUCUACAGAGAGCGUGAGGAACCUCCCCGCUUUGCUCGUCCCGGCACUUUUGAAUUUGAGUAUGCCAAGCGCUGGAAGUCUUUGGAUGAAAUGGAGAAGCAGCAGAGGCAGCAGGUGGAGAAGAACAUGCGUGAGGCCCGUGAAAAGCUGGAGAGUGAGAUGGAGGAUGCUUACCACGAGCACCAGGCCAACCUGCUUCGCCAAGGCAAGUUAAUGUUUCCUGUGAUGUUCGAAUAACCUAUUUGCUUAAUUACAAUUAAUGCCGUUUUUGCCUACAUUGAUGUUAUGGAAGCAUUGGGCUAUUCCCUGAUGAAAUGUAAUGGUAUUGUUCUUCAUUUCAGAUCUGCUGAGGCGUCAGGAGGAACUGAGGCGCAUGGAGGAGAUGCACAGCCAGGAGAUGCAGAAGAGGAAGGAGAUGCAGCUCAGGUAUUGAUCUUGAUUUGAUUCCUAUUUUGUAUGUUUUGUUUGACUGCAAAAAGGAAUAGUUUUCUCUCUUUAUGUGGUGCAUUACAGCUUUAAGCUGUGUACUAUAGUCUGUAGAUGCCUGGGUUGUAAUUAGACUCAGUUAAUGAACAGUAAGGCUUAAGUUGGACCACAUCAGAUUAAUGUUUUCCUGCUGGGUAUUAGACAAGAAGAAGAGCGACGCCGACAGGAGGAGGAGAUGAUCCGCAAGAGGGAGAUGGAGGAACAGCUGCGUCGUCAGCGUGAGGAGAACUACAGGAUGGGCAACUUCAUGGAUGUAAGUUAAAUUUAACAAAAGAAAAAAAGACAUUCAAAGUAGAAAGUGGUUCAUCUGAUCAGAAGUUCCCCAAAGUUAAUGAUGUCUUUGUCUUUCUCUUUACAGAGAAACAGGGAUAUGAGAAUGAACUCAGGCAUCGGUGGUAAGUUUUCUGUCUUUUCUUAAAACCCUCCAGUAUGAUCAAACUGUUAAGCGAGCUAAAUGUAAAAACAGCUGUAAUAGAGUUAAUUUAAAAUACUACCAGUUGGUGGUUAUUCCUCUUUUAGUAUUUAUAGUAUUGGCAUGUUGUUCCUAACAGAUAUGUCCUUUGGUGCAGCCAACCAGAAGUUCAUGGGCUUUGAGGGACAGCAGGGAAUGGGGGCAGCUGCAGGAGGCCUGAUGGGCAACGACAUGGUAAUGUAUCCCUCUUUUAAGUAGUAGCUAAAGUAGUUCUGUCUGGCUUAAUUCUCUGUUGGAAAGACUGCCAGCUGUUUUAAACACAAAGGCUGGCUAAGCAGGAUGGGAAUAUGCAAAUGCUCUGCAUUCCCUGCUGUUUCGGUUCGAUCGCUGCUUGUUGGAAGUGACCGAUUUGCUGCCUUUUUUUGCGAGAGUUUCUUUCAAUGGCAAGCCGAACCCCGCCAGUUACUUGAGCUGAGUUUUUCAACUUUUAAACCACGAAACCGUCAACCUGCACUAAGACAUGAAUUAUUGCUCUUCAUUUUGUGCUCUCUCCGCUGUAGCCAGUCAGAAGUGGCUCUGCACGCUCCUCUCACUUCUUUGUGUAGUUGGCUGCUAUUGCAAGACCUGCCUCAUGUGAAAUGGACAGGCACUUUUCCUUGACCUGAGGAAGAACUCAACUACAAUUUUUGUUUUCCCCUGAACUGUUGACAAUGUGCUUAUUGAAUUUUGCUUCACUUUUUUUUACUUAACAAGCAGUUACACUUCGUAGGUAGAAACUAGGUGGUACAUAAAAUGGUGCAUUUUUGGGGUGGCGAUGCGAUGAUUUGUUCAAAGCUCCUUUUGUAUCACAGGCCCUCAAAAACUGUAAGUAGGGGUGUAUCUUCUUCUGUUCCAAUGUCUUUAACCUUCUCAUCAGCAUCUUUUAAGUAAUAACGCAGUCACAAGGUCUUUAGUGCAGGCGGAUGGUCAAAGUGGUGAAAAUAUUGAUAAGGGAUUAAAAAAAAGUGACAGCGAGUGUAAUUGGUGGGUGCAGGCAAAGCCAUGGACUGUUUUGUUUAGGUGAUGGUGAAUUCUGGACCCAAAGCUUUGCUUUAACCAGAACUGUAGUUCCAGUGUUUACUUCAGGAUUAUACUUCUAGAAGCUGAACAAGGUCUCAAAUGACAUGCAUAUCUGCAAAUGUGUUCGAUUUUGCUCCAGUAUAGAUGCAUGCAGAAAGUGGUACACUCAACGUUUGCACCUUUUCAGAAACCAAGAGAUUGAUAUAUCUCAACUUGUCUGAAGCACAUUACAAAGCAGAACGUGGAGCGCUCCUGUAAACACUCAGUCAUUAGUGACGUGUGGAUGUUCAACAGCAUGGAGGCUCAGUAAGGACUGUGGUAAUCAUCAGCAGAGCAUAGAUCCAGCUCAGUACAUCUACCUGAUUUCCUACAGUCUGAGUUCCUGUGCUCACUGCACUGAUGCAUUUUGGUUGCCAAUUUGGCAGAUAAUCGGUUAAUCAGAUUCAUGAAACUCUUCAGAAAUGGUCUGUUGGUUAAAUAUGGAUAAUUGAAACUGCUUUCUUGUUUGAGAACUGGUUGUGUUACAUGUCAUGUAUGAUUUAAGUAAACUGAGCUCAAAUUGAAUACACAGAGCACUUCCUGCCAUUCAGUUUCUGUACACAUGAAGGACCCUCCUCUUAAUACCUCUAUUCCUCUCAAGUUUCUGGCCUAAAAGCCGCUGUGGUACCUCGACAGCAGACACAGAAACUCUCAUCUUAAAGAAUUUCAAAGUCCUUAAAAAAAACCUGAAUCCAUCAGAAUUUGUUCCAGUGGAAAGUGACUUUAAUUUUCCAGGUUUCGAUAUUCAAAUUGAAGUUUUCAUUGAACUUGAAUUACAAAGAGUUACAGUAGCUGAAACUAAGGGUCCUUCUGAAAUUAGUAAACGUACCAACUUUCAGGAUAUAUUUUCCUAAACACCCCCAGAGCUGAAAAUGUGUAAUCUGGCCAUGAAUAGGGCUGCCCCCUGAUUAAAGCACCCUGGGAGGGUUACCUUAGCUUUGAAACUGAUCUACCUGCUGAGUAGCACAGGUGAAAAUGACAAUGUUUGAUGAUCAGUGUUGGUUUAUUGCACUUUAAAGGAAACAAGAUCAUGAGGAGAGGCUGUCAGCUCACAGGCAUAGUGUUUGUUUUAAUGUGUCUGGCUGUUUGUCGCUGUUUUAAUCUGUACAGAUGACAAAUCUGCAGCAUUGUCCUUUACUCAGGAACAAUAGCAGGCUUUUUAGCCUCUUUGUAGUUUAGCUAAGAGGAAUUUAGAAAAUAUCUUUGUCAGCUGGAUGCUUUAGGUGAGCAAAGCUCCAUUUUUCACUGAAACAAGUAAAUGCACGAUUCAAACCAUCAGUUUUUGUACAUAGAGCUUAAAUAUAUAGAACUGAUUGUUUUUUAUUUAUCAUGUUAAAUGGCUCGACUUAAUGAUGGACUAAAUUUCUACUGGGGUACAGCCCUUAUCAUGAGGCGACAAACACAGUGCGCACUUUUCAAAUACUUGAGUAAAUGACCAGAAAAGUCCAAGUGUUAGUGUUGGCAUGUUCAGGAGAGACCAUACUAGGUAGGCACUGACUAACAAAAGCAUUACCCUCUCUUCCUUUUCCGUAUGUAACCUGUGGCACCUGUGGACCUUCAUAUUGGAACGAACCGUUUCUUCGGAUGUGUCUCCUGCUGGUUGUGUUGUAAAUCUGCUCACAAUAUAAAUCAAAUCCUCUCUAUUACCACCAUUUCAAUAUGGACAUGAACUGUGUGCUCACGCACUGAAUAUGCAACCCAUACCUUAUUCUCCGACGCCCUAUCUGCCUCCUUUGCAAUAUUCUCCCCUACAGCGCAACGAGCGCUUUGCCCAGGGGGGUCCUAGGGGAAUGGGUCCUGGUAAUGCCGGGUACGGCAGAGUCCGUGAGGAGUUUGAUGGUCCUGCUAAAAAGGCCCGUUUUUAA